CGAGGGCAAGUGGGGAGGGGGACUCAGCUCAGGACAGGGAGGCCCUGCUCGCAGGUCCCGGGGUCCCGGUGGCAGCCAGAGCGCUUGGUCCGCAGGCAGCGGGCGGGUGGUCCCCCCUCCGCCCCCACCCUGCGCGUGCGCGCCCCGGCCCCUCCCUCCCUGCCACCCCCCUCGGCUCCCGCGCGGCGGCGGCGGUUCCUCUCCCCCUCCCCCCAGCCCUGGCUCCGGGGGACCCCGCGAUGCCGGUCCGCACCGAGUGUCCCCCGCCGGCCGGUGCCUCGGCCGCCUCCGCGGCCUCGCUCAUCCCGCCGCCGCCCAUCAACACCCAGCAGCCCGGCGUGGCCACCAGCCUGCUCUACAGCGGCUCCAAGUUCCGCGGCCACCAGAAGAGCAAGGGGAACUCGUACGACGUAGAGGUGGUGCUGCAGCAUGUGGACACGGGGAACUCUUACCUUUGUGGGUACCUGAAGAUUAAAGGCCUUACUGAGGAGUAUCCAACUCUCACGACCUUCUUCGAAGGAGAAAUAAUCAGCAAAAAACACCCUUUCUUAACGCGGAAGUGGGACGCAGACGAAGACGUUGAUCGGAAACACUGGGGCAAGUUUCUGGCUUUUUAUCAGUAUGCAAAAUCAUUUAAUUCAGAUGACUUUGAUUACGAAGAGCUGAAGAACGGAGAUUAUGUCUUCAUGAGGUGGAAGGAACAGUUCCUGGUCCCAGACCACACGAUCAAAGACAUCAGCGGUGCUUCCUUUGCUGGGUUCUAUUACAUCUGCUUCCAGAAGUCGGCAGCCUCCAUAGAGGGCUACUAUUACCAUAGGAGUUCAGAAUGGUAUCAGUCACUCAAUCUAACUCACGUUCCCGAACACAGCGCACCCAUCUACGAGUUCCGGUGACAGCGGUUCAGAGCAGGAACCAAAUAAAACUGAACUUGGCAAAAAAAGAACUCUGCCAAGAAAAUCGUGUACCUGCCAGAACCAGGAGAACGUGUGUUCCUGUUUCUUCACGAGCAGACUCGCAUCAGAAAGCAUGAAUGUUAACCCACAGAAUCCAAGGAGCAUGGCCAACCAACGGCAGGCGGAGGGAGUGUUCUCUGUGCUUCCUCCCUCUCUGUGGCAGUUUGGUCUUAAUCUGUUGUAAGCUACCUUAAAUGCACUUUUCCUUCCUGCACAGCUAACUUCUGUAUCACUGAAAGGCCCAUUCCUUCCUCCGUCCCCACCUCCAGCCGAGCAGAAGGUCAGCCCCCCAGUCACCCUCAGCCUUGGUGCUCAGUGGUCUCGGCCCAGGCCCCAGCCCUGCGCCCCCCACCCCCAGUUGCUCAGUCCGGUAGCUCAAGAGAAGGCAGAGCCCCAGCACACGUGUGCCGCCGCCACCCCCCCCCCCCCCCCCCCCAGAGCUCUGCGCAGGGAAUCGGUGACCAGCAGCACCCGCCAGUGAAACGCGAGGCGGAGGCCGAUUGCUUAACGGGGUCCGCUGGCACCGCCCAGCCCUGCAGCGGUCACGCUAAGCUAGUCAGUGGCUGCCAGGUUCUCCGGGCCUGCCAUCGGGGAUCACUAAAUUUCAGGCUUCCAGAUCCCUGGCAGGAACGGAUUCCAGUCCUGCUUACUCAGCACGUUUGCUCCAAACUUUUGAACUUGAGGGCAAUACUAAACUUAAAAAAAAAAAAAAGAAAAAAGAAAAAAAAAAAGAGUUUUUUUAUUACAAAAUUAUUUUUAUGGUCCCUUUAACAAGGACCCUAUGGCAAAUGCACAAUUAUUCAGAAUUACAUUUUUAUCGUUUUCACAUUGAAAACAGCAAAUGUUGACUUAGUAAUUUUUAUACCUAUAUCUAUAUGUAAAUGUAUAUUUAAUCAACCAGCAGUUUAAAACUAGUCAUCCUGGUACAAAAGUUUUGCAGCAUUGCAUAAAUUCUAGUGCUAAACUUGAGAGCUGUUUUUUGGGGCCAGUUUAGCAUUUGUACCUCCUCCUUUUGCUACUCAGAACAGCAGUGCUUCGUGGCGACCUUUUCCGUCAAGCAGAAGGGGCCGUCAUUCUCCUAAAACAGCAACUCUAAAAUGUUGGGGUGGGGGAGGGGCGGGAAC